AUGGUGUUCCUAAUUUCUAAUUAUUUAGCUGACUUGGUGGCCUACUCACUCAACAAAGAAGCCCUCAUCUUGUCCAAAUUCAUCGGCUCUCCUCAAAUCCUUCAGCUCAUCGGCCACCUAGUCGCCGCCGAAGACGACGGCAAGUGCAGCGUUUACAAUCUGGGUUUGGAGUACGCCGCCGGUGGGUCUUUGGAUGACCUUAUCAACCAACGCAAGAAGCUGCCGGAGGAUGAGCUCAAAGGGUAUCUUCGUAUGAUGCUUACAGGCCUUUCUUGUAUUCAUUCCAAAGGCUUUGUGCAUUGUGAUUUCAAACCUUCUAAUGUUCUUGUUUUUCCCUCUCAACAUGGCAAACCCGAUCUCAAAAUAGCCGACGAAGAUGUAUAUGAAAGAACAGAGACCAAAGUCGAGUUUUGUGUUGAAACUCGUAAACGAGAUAAAAACUCCGACCAUACCAAGGGAAUUCUCCAAAAGUGCUUUCAAAGAGACCCUAAGCAAAGAUGGUCUGCAGAAAUGUUACUCCAACAUCCUUAUUUGGUAGAGGAAAACGAAAUUACCGAACUGUAGGCUUUCUUCUACAAACAAUCAUUUUCGU